UUGAGGUGGGGGCAGUGAGAAAACGGGAGAGAUGUAGCGCAAAUGAGAGGGUGAGCAGGAUAAACAGAGACAUAGACAAAAGGAGGGGGCUUCACAGCAGCGCUAAGGGGAGAUGCAAGCACCGGAGAAGAAAGGGAAGAAGAGAGAGAGGGAGAGAGAGAGAGAGAGACGCACACACUAAUACCACUGACACUAUCCCACACACCAUGACAAAAUAGCAUAACCAACAGUGAUUUACUCGUUGCCUGAGACAAGACUGGGAUAAAAUCAAAUAAAUAACCUUGGUGAGAGAGCAAGCCCUUUCACUGGACAGACUUGGGACAGAGGAAGGCAGAAGAGUGCAAGAAGACACAAAGGAAAGAGAAGAGAGAAGGAGUAACCUGAGAGGGGAAAAAGAAACCGGAAGCUAAUUGUGGCAAGUCAUAAGGAAUAAGACAGCUUGUGAUCUGCCUGGCCAUCCGUAAUGUCGGCUCAGACCUUGACCCUUCUGAUCUUGUGCCUGACUGUGGUACGAAGUGGUUCUAUGUUCCCUGGGCACCACUGGGGAGACUGGAACGAUUCACAGCUGCAGCCAACAAUUCAGAAGCUGAUGAAGGGAUACAACCGCUACCUGAGACCCAAUUUCAAUGAGGGUCCUGUGGAAAUUGGGAUGAGUCUUGAUAUUGCCAGCAUUGAUGCCAUUUCCGAAAUCAAUAUGGACUACACUGCAACUAUCUUCCUACGUCAACGGUGGCGGGAUUCCAGGCUGGUUUUCCCAGGAAAUGAGAGCGUCAGUGUGGAUGGACGCCUGGUGUCACUCCUCUGGAUUCCUGACACCUUCAUCCCCGACUCCAAACGUUCCUUCCUGCACGAUGUUACGGUGGAAAACCGCCUCAUACGCAUCUUCAGUAAUGGAACUGUUCUCUACGCCCUUCGCAUCACAGCUACGAUUGCUUGUAAUAUGGACCUGACAAAGUACCCCAUGGACAAACAGGUGUGCACCCUGCAGCUGGAGAGCUGGGGCUAUAAUCUGCAGGAUGUGGUGUUCUACUGGACCAGAGGGAAUGACUCGGUGAGGGGUCUUGACACACUGCGACUGGCUCAGUACAGCGUAGAAAGCUACUACACAUCAGUGUCACAAGCUGUGUAUGAGACAGGAAAUUACCCCAAACUGGUGUUGCAUUUUGCAUUGCGUAGAAACGUGCUGUUCUUCAUCUUGGAGACAUAUGUUCCCUCCACUCUGCUGGUCGUUCUCUCCUGGGUCUCCUUCUGGAUCAGCCAGUCCUCUGUACCAGCCAGGACAUGUAUUGGAGUGACUACAGUCUUGACAAUGACCACACUGAUGAUGGGUGCUCGCACUUCCCUACCCAAUGCCAACUGCUUCAUCAAAGCCAUAGAUGUUUACCUUGGCAUCUGUUUCACCUUCAUCUUUGGAGCGCUGCUGGAAUACGCCUGUGCUCACUUCUGCACCAUGCAGCACCAGACCAUAGAAGAAUUGCAUAGGGAGCUCCUGAGGGAGUUCAAUGAAUCAAAUGGAAAUGGUUCCAUCCCUAUGGUCAGCUCCAGCCAACCAAAUCAGUCUGUGGAAAUAGGUUCCACAGCAGAGGAGCCUGUGGACCAGUCAGCAAAGAGUGAUGCAAAGAGCAAGACUGGGUCAAAAGAGAAGAUGUCAGGGACAGGCUGCAGCUUGUCAUUAGUGAAGGAUGCAUCCCGCAGGGCAGCGUCUGUCUUCAUUGUGGAGAAUCCACACAAUAUUGACCGCCAUGCCCGUACUGUUUUCCCCAUUGCCUUCCUCUUUGUCAAUAUCCUCUACUGGCUUUAUUAUCUCUUUCUCUGAGUCCUGUUUCCAAACUGAUGCCUGGUUACUUUCACCAUCCUAAGGCUGCUCUACCUCCUCAUUUGAAAACAAAAAACGGUUGCCACUUUAGGUUAAAGCUAUUUUGUUCUACACU